CAUACACAAAAAGGGCAGAGUUGCAGAUCCAAAUUACAAAACGAAGACAUCUCUGGGGUUUGAAUUUGCUUCUUCUGUUCAUGUUAUCAUUUCCUAUGGACUUCAAACCACCACAUUAGGAGCUGGCGGCUUUUUGAAUCGGUUGAAGUGAUUGUAGAUCUUUUUUGCAGCAAUGCAGUGGCAUGUUGUUGACUCAAGAACUUGGAWUUAUCGACUUGGAUUGAUUCAAUUGAUGAAGAUCUUGAUGUGCUUAUCAACUGAGAUUCAAUCCUGAGGAGUACAAAGAAGACCGUCUCAUACCUGAGGCAGUUGUGAACUAAGAAAUACGGGCCAAAGCUACUUUACUUUAAAUAAAAAAGAAAGCAAGUAAGUAAAGGGCCAAUUUAGGAUGCAGGCAAGCAGCGAACGAAGACAACAUGCAAGGGAGCAAGCAGCCAUGCAAGUCAAUAACGGUAUUUGUUUUAUGUUUUUAGAGGCUGACACAAGCGUUAUAGUCUAGACUAAUAGACUCUGAAUCAGUAAAGCUGUAUCCCUCACGAUAAUAAGAUGAUUAAAUUCUAGAAAGACGUGAGGUUUGAAUCAUCUGAACUACAAACUACAUGUGCAACAUCACAUCGACAAGGAAAAGAAUAUAUGCUCACAACUAAUAAAAAUGUGCCACGUAUCACUUCACAUCAACAAAAUCUGAGCAAGAUAUCAAAAUUAUUCACUGUCAACGCCGAUUCUAAAAAACUGCAAAAUGGCAGAAGAGAUUACUGACAGCAGUGAUGGCGAAUUUAACAAAACUCUAUUUCACGCUAUUAAGUAUGGAAAAGAAGAAUUGGUCCAGAAACUAAUCGAGUGUGGUGCUGAUGUCAAUGCUACCGAUGAAGAUGGCAGAACUGCUUUGUUUUAUGCUGUACAGAAAAAAAAAGAAAAAAUAGUGGAAAAACUAAUCCAGUGUGGCGCUGAUAUCAAUGCAACCGAUGAAACUGGCGAAACUCCUUUGCUUUAUGCCGUAGAAAAUGGAAAUGAAAAAAUGGUGAAAAAACUAAUCGAGUGUGGGGCUGAUGUUAAUGUUACCAAUAGAUAUGGUGGAACUCCUUUGUUUUAUGCUGUACAGAAAGAAAAUGAAAAAAUAGUGGAAAAACUAAUCGAGUGUGGUACUGAUGUUAAUGCUACCAUUAGAUAUGGCGGAACUCUUUUGUUUUAUGCUGUAAAUGAAAAAGUGGUCCAAAAACUGAUCCAGUGUGGUGCUGAUGUUAAUGCUACCGAUGAAGAUGGCUCGACUGCUUUGUUUUAUGCUGUAAAUGAAAAAGUGGUCCAAAAACUAAUCCAGAGUGGUGCUGAUGUCAAUGCAACGAAUAUAAAAGGCUUCACUGCUUUGUUUUUUGCUGUAGAGAAAGAAAAUGAAAAAAUAGUGGAAAAACUAAAAAAUGAAAAAAUAGUGGAAAAACUAAUCAAGCGUGGAGCUGAUGUUAAUGCUACCGAUGAAGAUGGCUCGACUGCUUUGUUUUAUGCUGUAAAUGAAAAAUUGGUCCAAAAACUAAUCGAGUGUGGUGCUGAUGUUAAUGUUACCAAUAAAAAUGACGAAACUGUUUUGUUUGAUGCUGUAGAGAAAGAAAAUGAAAAAAUGGUGGAAAAACUAAUCGAGUGUGGUGCUGAUGUCAAUGCAAUGAACAAAGUUGGCAAAACUGCUUUGUUUUAUGCUGUGCAGAAAGAAAAUGAAAUAAUGGUCGAAAAACUAAUACAGCGUGGUGCUGAUGUCAACGUUGGCAGAGCUCCUUUGUUUUAUGCUAUUCAACAAAGGAACAAUGAAAAUAUCUUUCGUGCAUUGAUUGAUGCUGGUGCUGAUGUCAACAUAACUAAUGAUGAGGGGAAAACUGCUUUGUUUUAUGCUGUUCAAAAAAAAAAUGAAAGUGUGGUUCGUGCAAUGAUUGAUGCUGAUGCUGAUGUCAACAUUACUGAUAAUGAGGGUAAAACUGCUUUGUUUUUUGUAAACAGUGUUAAUGACCCCUGUGUCAGGGCACGCAUACUCAUAGGGUAUGGAGGUGCUCAAGUGGAUGUGAGAGAUCGUUAUGGCAGAACGCCACUGUUCUAUGCUAUGACACAAUCACUUCAACUUGCGAGGUAUUUGCUUGACAAAGAAGCCACUUUACAUCUCAAUGAGAAUUGCAGUGUUUUGACAUUUUUUAUUGAGAAAUGCAUCUUCUGUUCAUCACAAAAAACUCCAGACAUACAAGAUGGACUCAAUCUUCUGUCUGACUGCAAAGAAGUGGAAAGAAACAUAAUUUUGGGAGCUAUAGCAAGUGUUGCAUUCUGUAAAACGCUGUACUUGAAGCCUGGUUCUCGUGAUAUCGACGUGGAUUCUCUUUCUCAUCUAAUGAGGAUAGCAAAUGAAAAUGCUUCAAAUUCUAAGCUUUUUCAAGUCAAUUUUUCUGCGGGGAAAAUCAAAACCAUAAGUGAGAUCUCCACAAUGAUCCAUAAAGAAAGCCACGAUAAACAUCUGAUUGAAUCCGGAACAGCACUCGAGGUGACUCGACGUCUUAUCAAAUUGGGUGCCAACCCUAACACCACAGAUUCAGAUGGCAACACUGCUCUUCACCAUGCAACUCAACUAGCAUUUCAUGAUUUGACACAAGAAACUGUAAUGGAAAUAUGUCAACAGCUAGUCGAGAAGUUUAAAGCAUCGUUCCACGUAACGAAUCACGAAAACGAAACGCCACUUUUAUAUUGUUUAUCCAAGACCAUCGAGAAGAUGUCCAGUGAGGAAGAACCCUGGCCAGCUGUCCAGACACAAGCAGCUGUCUGUCGAUUCCUGGUAGAACAUGGAUCCAGUGUUGAAGCAAGAAAUAGAAGCGAAGAGAAUGUCUUGCAGUUAACCAUAAAACUUCUCCAAAAUGCCUUUUUCAAACGCAAUAGUGAAUUGAGAAAAGACAUUUCUGAGGUUGCCGUAGACCUACUGAAAUUAUUUGUUGACGCAUUCAAAAGAAAAGAAGUUUCUAUCAAUACCCAAGAUAACAGUGGAAACACACCACUUCAUCUUUGGGCAAAGCUCCAAUUAGCACCAGGACAGGAUUACAAAAGCAAAAUUACUGAAGGGCAAACCUCCUUUCAAGGACUUUUGACAAUGAUUUUGGAUUAUUUCAAAGAAUACAAAAUGUUGCAUGUCAAAAAUGGAGAUGGCGAAACACCUCUACAUCUCUGUAGAACGUGGGCUGCUGUUGAAUUUUUGCUCGAUGCUGGAGCGAACCCAAACGAUGUGGAUUCAUCAGGACGUUCUCCUCUUCUAGUUGCAGCGACAAAUAACGAUUGUGUUUGUAAUCAAGGUUCACUGUAUCCUGACAUUUUCCUUGCUUCUGAUACUGAGUUCUGGAGAACUACCCUUAAGAAAGGCCUUAAUCCAUGGACUGUUGACAUACACGGUGAAUCUGUUUUGAGCGUACUCCUAAAAUCCGACUCCCAUGACCUUGCUAGAGCUCUUGUAGAUGCUGCUUGUGACAAGAACAGCCCAGCUACUUCCUUGGUGUUCUUUUCUCUUUUGACAACGAUUUGUAAAGACAAAUUACCUAAUGCACACUGGAAAAAAGAUGCCGCUGAAAUGAUUCUGAGUUCGACUAAAUGCCCAGUAAAUGGAAAUGAUAAUGAAGAUUCUCCGCUUCAUUAUUGCUGCAGGAAUAUCGUAGAAGCAAAGAUACCUUUAUCUUUUGAAGAGGUCAAAACGACCGUUCAUUGGAAUAUGGCUACAGUGCUACUUUCAUUUGGAGCCGAUUACAGAAUCCAUGAUGCGAGUGGUCAGUCAUGCUUGGACAUAGCAAAGGAGUAUCCUGUACUCAAAGAUCUUUUGAUGGAGCCUAUUGAUCUUGAUAGAUUCCCAGUGCUCAUUAAACCCUGGAAAUCGGUUUCCAAGACGCAUGAACGCUGUCUAGCUUAUGCAGCAAGGCAUCUUGAAAGUGAAAAUGUGGAAUCAUACUGGUACCACAAAGACCAUUUGGCUAGCGGUUCAUUUGGUGUUGUAUUUGCAGGAAUCAACGAGAAAGAUGGAAGAGAGGUGGCCAUCAAACGUAUUGAGAAGAUACGUAUGCAACGACCAGAAGACAAACGAGAAAUAACAACUCUCACUGCUCUUGCAAACUGCGAACAAGUCGUUUUUUAUUUACACUUCUUUGAAGAUAAACACUUUUCUUACAUUGUUUUAGAACUGAUGGAGGGAAAUCUUGACCAGUUCCUUAUUACUGCAAUACAAAUGGAAACUAAAGUCUCGCUUUGCCAAGAUAUAGUUCAAGGACUGAAAUUUCUACAUGAUCAAAGCAUCCUUCAUCGAGAUCUUAAGCCAACCAACAUUCUUUAUAAAAUGACUCCUAAACUAUGCUUGAAAAUUGCUGACUUUGGUCUCAGCCGUCGUAUGGAUAACACUGGUUCAAGCACCUCAGUGUAUGGUCCUAAUGCUGGAACCAGGUGCUGGAUUGCUCCAGAAGUGCUAACGUCUACAAAAGUUCAUUCCAAUUCAUCUGAUGUGUUUGCAUGUGGUCUUGUUCUUCAUUACAUUUUGUCAGUCAAAAAACAUCCAUUCUCCCCCCGAAUAGGGGCACUACAACACGAGAUUGAAGUCAACAUAUUGAAUGGCAACAUGGAAGGAUGGGAUGACUCUCUGUGCCCUGAAGCAGCUCAUCUCCUUAAAGCAAUGCUUGAUCGAGAUGAAAGUAAACGAUCUUCUGCAGAUAAAGUAUUGCAUCAUUCCUUUUUCUGGUCAAAGAAGAAAAAGCUAGACCUGCUCGUAGCUGUUGGCAAUCAACCAGAAUUUGAAUGCCCACGUGCAAAGAGGACUCUUCCUUUAACUGUAGUAGAGACUGACUUGGAGACAAGCUUUGGCACCAUAGUCAAGUAUGGGGAUUGGAAUGACCCAGGUUAUGCACACAUACCUGCCAUUUACACCGAAAUGACGAAAAAGAGAAAAAGAUACGAUACUCGCUCUGUCGUAGAACUGGUACGUUUCAUACGCAAUGCCUACGCACACAUCUCUGAAAGUACAAGACCAACACAAAUCAGAAAGCAACUACUAGAAGACUUUGUGUUCUUGGAAUAUUUUCCAAAUCUUGUGAUGGAAGUCUACAAGGCUGUAACCACUCAUGGAUGGGAUCAGACGAGAACAGAGAUCAAGUUUGUAUUACAGUAAGCGUUCACAASACAAGGUCAGCUGAGACACGGGAACAUUAAACAGACAAUUAACACUGACUAGAAAGAUCAAGGUCAGCCUAUACAAGAGACCAGUAUACAGAUAGAAUAGUGUUAAUAAUGUUACGACAAGGGUACCAUUUAUCAGUUAGACGACAAAAAAGCGCGUGCCCAUGGCGAUAUACACGCACGAGAGAAAAUAUAAAGAACGAUUAACAAGCGAAAGAGUGGCACGAGGCGAAGCCGAGUGACACUCUAGCUUGUUAAGAGUUUUUUAUAUUUUCUCAAGUGCGUCUAUAUCGCCAUGGGCGAGCGCUUUUUUGUCGUCUAACUGAUUUAUAAUAUGACCAAAAAUCUACCGUGCGACCCAUGGGCAAAUAGUUCAUAGGCAUUUCAGCCAAUCAGAGCGCGCGUUAUAUCACACAUCUCGCUCGUGCGCGCGCUAUUGAC